GUAGGCCCCGGAUCAGAGCACAUGGCUGUUUACACCAGGAAGGCUUUACAGAUCGUUUUAACUGAGGAAUUCUUCCAGUUGUGGAGCUUUGCUGGGAGUUGUAGUUCUGUAAAGAGGACCUGUUCCCCACAGUGAGGAGGUGUGGUGUACCCCAAUCAGUGUGCUGAUCACUUCUCAUAGAUCACUCCCCAGACAUGCCAAGAUGUUCUAUUAGUGAGAGUGGACAUGGAAGGGCAGCCUGUGGUGACCUCCAAGCAAGCUGAAGAGGUGAUUAAUGGGUGUAUUACCCAGGUGGUCUGCUCUGCCUUCACGGAUCAUAUUCUGGUUAUGGUGACACAGUACGGGAAGUUUGGCACAUUGAUCUCUGUCACUCCUAACACAGUAGCAGGAGACCUGGAAAAACCCACCCUUAGCACCAAAGUCCUUCUAGGAUGUGAUGAGCCUCUGGUUCACGUCUGUGGCAAGAAUUUGGUUAGCUUUGUAUCUGAAGAGUCGAAGAACAAGCCAGUACUUCUAGGAAUUGCAUUAAAGGACAAAAGUCCGGACUGUAUUACUGCACUGAAAGCCCUCAUAAAGAGCUGUCGGGUUUGGUGAUGGACGAAGUAUCUCAUUCAUCUGGAAUAAUGUUGCUGUAAAUGAUUACUGAAUACAUUUGAAAUGUGCAUAUUGGAUAUUGCAUUCAUUUUGUAUUAAAUACAUUUUAUACAUAAGCUUUACCA